CAAACUCUCAACUCUGCAACUGUCCUGAUGCUGAUUCAAAGGCACUGACUGUAUUCUGUGUUCCUGAAGUCUGGAAUCUGGGAAGUCCAAGGCCAAGAAGACCCACCUGUAGAGGGCCAUAUUCCUGCAUCCUAAUAUGACAAACAUCAUUACAUGAUGCUUGGACUGGAGGUCAUGUGACUAGAUGCAUUAGAAGUGGUGAGAGUGCUUAAAGAACAGUACCUUGGCUACAGGAAAAUGUUCUUGGGAGAUGCAGUAGAUGUGUUUGAAGCCAAGCGAGCAGAAGCCAAGAAGUGGCAGAAUGCACCCAGAGUUACUACUGGACCCACCCCUUUCGGCACCAUGCCAAAUGCAGCAGCUGUUAUCAUGGCUGCAACACUUACACAGCAGCAACAGCCUGCUACAGGAUUUGGAACUAGCUCUGGUUUUGGAUGCAGCACCACAGGGGCCUCAACAUUUGGAUUUGGAACAACAAAUAAGCCCUCAGGAAGUCUUAGUGCAGGCUUUGGCAGCUCAAGUACAUCUGGGUUUACCUUCAGCAAUCCUGGCAUCACGGCAUCAGCUGGUUUGACAUUUGGGGCGUCCAAUCCUGCCUCUGCAGGUUUUGGAACAGGAGGACAACUCCUUCAGUUGAAGAAACCUCCAGCUGGAAACAAAAGAGGAAAAAGAUAAACAUAUGGGUUGAAAUGUUGAGAGAAUCCAUAGCAGUGCUGUUAAUUUGAUGAGUCUAUUUUUCUAGUGAUGCGGUAAUUAAACUGCAUCCCAAGAGAUUUAUAAAGUUUUGAUAUUUUCCCUA